AUGUCGACCGAUAGGGAGAAGGAGCGGGAGGCGGAGCUGGAGGGCGCCAUGUAUACCAACUGCCUCCUCCUCGGCCUCGAUCCAGUCGUCCUCGGCUCCCCCGCCGGCGCGGCCUCUCCUCGCGUCGGCCUCUUCCGGCACUCCAACCCUCGCCUCGGCGAACAGCUCCUCUACUUCCUCCUAUCCUCACUCCGCGGCCCCGCGCAGUCCGCCAAGGACUUCGACAAAGUAUGGCCGAUCUUUGAUUCCGCGCAGUCCAGGGAGUUCCGCAAGAUCGUACAAUGUAUCAUCAGCGAGCUGGAGCAGCAGGGAGCGCUGCCACGGAGCAACUCCAGGGUUUCAUCUCUCGCCACCUGCUGCGGGCCGAGAUUUGUUGAGCUUUUGUGGCAACUCUCUGUAUAUGCCUUGAGGGAAGUCCAUAGGAGAACAUUUGUGGCUGAUGUAGCAUCAAAUCCACUGCCGGCAGCACUCACAGACGUUUCUUAUCUUCAUGCAGCUGCAUUACUUCCUGUAACGAAGGCAAGGAUUGCUCUUGAGAGGCGUAAAUUUCUUAAAAAUGCAAACAUUGCUGUUCAAAGGCAGACAACCUGGUUAAAUUUAGCCCAUGAAAUGACAGCUGAAUUCCGAAGUCUAUGUGCUGAAGAGGCAUAUCUGCAACUGGAGUUAGAGAAGCUACAAGAUAUGAGGAACAAAGCCAAGCUAGAGGGGGAACUGUGGGACGAACGUAUCUCAAGCUCAUCUGGACAGAAUUCACAUUUGGUAUCUAAGGCAACACGUUUGUGGGAAUCGAUAUUGGCUCGCAAAGGCCAGCAUGAGGUCUUAGCUUCCGGGCCAAUUGAAGAUCUUAUAGCACACCGUGAGCAUAGGUACCGUAUAUCUGGAUCGCAAUUGCUAGUAGCAAUGGAUACGAGUUCAAGCAUCCCACAUUCUGAAUUACUAUCAGCUCGAGCUGGUGAAACGUCUCAAAUUUUGGACAAACAGGAGCAGAUAUCUUUAUUCCAGGGAAAGGAAGAAGCUCUUCCAAGAUUAGAUGAUAGGAAUGGGCGUGUCCAACAAACUGUUGACGUAGCUGAAAUUCUUCGACGUUGGACUCAUGCUUUGCAGCGUAUUCAUAAACAAUCUCUUCAUUUGGCCAAAGCAAAUGAUGGGGAGGGGCCAGAAUUACUCCGCAGUGCGUCUGACAGCGAAACUAGUAGCCAUGCCGACUCAUUAACUGCAACAUUGGCUGAACAUCGCCAGCAUUUAGUCAGUAUACAGGGCCUAAUUAAUCAACUCAAGGAAGCUAUUCCAGCAAUGCAGCAGUCAAUAACAAAACUUUCUGAAGAAGUUAAUAGUGUACCUAGUAAUCCGAUGGAUCAAACAAACUCCAGACAGUUGUCUGUCCAAAAUACAGUGCUUGGAAGACCAGAACAGGAAAGCAGCGGCGAAGUUUCAGAGAUGACUUCUAAGCUCUGUUCAACACAGAUCGGCAAGGCUGGAAGUAGUCCUGCUCUAAAGCUACCUCCUCUAUUUAGUCUGACUCCAAGUUCUUCUGGAAAAGGAACACAGACACAAAGACGGAAUGCCUUAGCACACCAACCUAGGCAAGAACUUAUGCCUGAAGAGAAAACACUUACCCACCCCUCAGCCAAAGAUCAAGCAAAUGGUUCGAUGCAUGAAAAUGAUGGUUAUUUUGCUCAUGACAUCAGACGUUCUGUUCGUGAAGCUGCUCUAUCAAAGCCAUUGAGCAACAUGGAGAGUCCACAGGACAAGAGUAGUGAUGAUGGUUCGGAGCACUUCUUCAUUCCCCUAUCAACAGGUGCUGCAAGGAAGGAUGUGGGUGCCGUGGCAAACCGAAGAAAACAAAAGAUAGGUCCAUCGUCGUCACAGUCGAAGUUACCCAAGAGCACAAGCGAUCUUUACUUCAAUCCUGACAGCCCAAUAACCCCAGCUGUGUCAAGUAAACUGAAUGGCCAUGAUGAUCCAAGCAGUGCUGCAAACAUUUUUUAUCCAGUCAGUGGUCAGUCGUUUAUGACAGAUGAUGCUCUCGAUCAAGUAUUCUCCCCGCCACUUCUGCUGGAGUCUUCCUUGUUCCCCGACGCAUACGAGGACUUGCUUGCACCAUUAUCAGAAACUGAUGCAGCUUUGAUGGAACAUUAG